UAUAUAAGAGACGCUCCCAACUCGAAAGCAUUAUUCAAUUCUCAAUAUGGGAUACCACAUAGAUGAAGCUUCUUCAGCAAUUCCCAAGAAGCCCAAAAGAAACAAAUAUGCUUUCAUGUGUGCAAUUUUGGCUUCCAUGGCUUCCAUUUUACUCGGCUACGACGUUGGUGUAAUGAGUGGAGCUGCAAUUUUUAUCAAACGAGACUUUGGAAUCUCCUACGUCCAGCAGGAAGUUAUGACCGGCGUCAUCAACCUCUACUCCCUCAUCGGCGCCGCCGCCGCCGGCAGAACAUCCGACUGGAUCGGCCGCCGCUACACCAUGGUCCUCGCCGGUAUCAUCUUCUUCCUCGGUGCCAUUCUCAUGGGCUUCGCCACCAACUACGCCUUCCUCAUGUUCGGCCGUUUCAUCGCCGGCCUUGGCGUCGGCUACGCCCUCAUGAUCUCUCCCGUCUACACUGCCGAAGUCUCUCCCGCCUCCUCUCGCGGCUUCCUCACCUCAUUUCCCGAGGUGUUCAUAAAUUUCGGAUUACUUUUGGGAUACAUCUCGAAUUUCGCUUUCGCAAAGCUUCCACUUCAUCUCGGAUGGCGAUUCAUGCUCGGAAUCGGCGUAUUCCCCUCGGUAUUUCUAGCCGUAGUCGUUUUAAUGAUGCCGGAAUCGCCACGUUGGCUAGUAAUGCAAGGCCAAGUUGGAGAAGCCAAAAAAGUCCUCGACAAAACCUCUGAUUCCGUUGAAGAGGCUCAACAGAGACUCGCCGACAUCAAGGAAGCCGCCGGGAUACCCAUCACCUGCACCGACGACGUCGUCCAAGUCCCAAAGCGGAGCAGCCACGGCAAGGACGUUUGGAAAGACCUCUUCCUCCACCCGACGCCCUCCGUCCGCCACAUUAUAAUAGCCGCCGUUGGACUCCACUUCUUCCAGCAAGCAUCCGGCGUGGACUCCGUCGUUCUCUACAGCCCCACCAUCUUCGAGAAGGCUGGAAUCAAAUCCGACAGAGAAAAGCUACUCGCGACGGUGGCCGUUGGAUUCACCAAAACCGUCUUUAUCUUAGUCGCUACUUUUCUCCUCGACCGUGUAGGACGGCGGCCGUUGCUCCUCAGCAGCGUCGCUGGGAAGAUAAUAUCGCUCCUGCUGCUGGGAAUGGGGCUCACGAUAAUUCAACACCAUGAUCACGUGAGACUCACGUGGGCAGUUGGGCUGUGUAUUGCCACAGUGUUGUCCGACAUGGCGUUUUUCUCCAUCGGAAUGGGGCCCAUCGCGUGGGUUUACAGCUCGGAGAUUUUCCCGUUGAAGCUACGCGCCCAAGGGGCGAGUAUAGGAGUGAUAGUGAACAGAAUGACAAGUGGGGUAGUGACAAUGACGUUUUUGUCCCUGUCCAACGCGAUUACGAUUGGUGGGGCGUUUUUUCUGUACGCCGGGAUUGCAGCGAUUUCUUGGGUGUUUUUCUACGUUGUGUUUCCUGAGACGCAAGGGAGGACUCUCGAGGACAUGGAGGGACUUUUCGGUAAUUUACUUUGGAGAUUUUCUAAACAGAGGAAAAUAGAGAGAAACGACGUCGGAAAUCAAGUUCAAUUAGGGACAAAUGGGGAAGUUUAGAAAGAAGGCUGUAUUGAUUUAUACUCAACCCUAUAAUUAUGUGUGAUUAUAAUUAAUAAUAUUUUCAUCCAAAUUAAUAUUUA